CUUUGUUGCAAAAGUGCAAGUUAUACAACACAAUCACAUGUCGAGUCAUGUCAGAAGAGCGGAUAGCAACUCUUCGUGCAGAGUUGAAGACAUGGGAGAAGCAGUUCUCGAUACAACACGGCGGGAAGAGACCGAGUCGUGAGGACAUCAAGAACAAUGUCGAAAUUGCUGCACAAUACAAGGAGUAUGACAGACUACGAAGGCCGCCGGCAAAGCAGUCCGAGUCGCAACACGCCAAACCUACAAAGACACUCCAUGCAACACCCAGGAAGGCCGCCGCUCCAACAGCAACACCACAGAAGCGCAGUUCACAAUUCUUGAUACCGAGUGUGCCAGCAAAAGAAGAGCAUGUAGAACUGGAACCCACUCCUGCUGCUAUACGUAUGCACCUCGGACCAACACCACAGAAAGAUGGCCAUAUCCUGAGUCUAUUCGACGACUUGUCGUCAACUGCUUCCAAGCCUUCACGAACCGCUCUUGCAACAAUAGAAGCGAACGCGAACUUUACACCGAGUAGACCAUCCCAACUCAUGUUCAUGGACGACGAGUCGCCACCGGAAAAUGUACAUGACCGCACACCGGCAUCAAGCAGCAAGCGCUUCCUACUCGACUCAUUUGUCUCGACAACACCUCUGAAGCGGAAACGUGACGACGAGGAACCCACUCAUGCUACGCCGUCUAGUGCUAAGGGUCUUUCGACACCCGCUUUCCUGCGUAGAUCAUCCAACAUGCUCAUCAUGGACACCUUGGUCGAGGAAGCCGAGAAUGACCACGAGCUCAAGAGUAUGAACAUUGGCAGAAUGAGACAACCGCCUUUCAAGAAACGCGGCAUUGUUAGAAGUCUGAGCAGCAUCAUCCAAGGCUUAAGGAAACAAGAGGAUGACAAACUUGACGAGGAGCUAGAGAUGAUGCGUGAGAUGGAAGAAGGUGAUGAGGAUGUUGCAGUCAAACCUACUGUUCAAGUCGCCGACAGUCAAGUCGUCAUGCCCUUGGGUCCUGAUCAGGGUGUUGAAAGCGACGAGUCUGAAGAGGAAGAUACCGGUAGCUUCAGAAAGCCAUGGAAGAAGAAGGGCUUGAAGCGCCAGACCAAGCGAACCAACAUGCGUCCUCAACCCAAACCCAAGGUCCCAGCUCAACCAGUCCAGCCCGACGCAGCUUCAGACGACGAAGGCAAUGUCGCCGAAACACAACUUCCCGACCAUCCUCUUGACGACAUCUCAGACGCAGAGUCCGACGCAGCAUACAGCGACACAGAAGCAAAGCGGAAGCGUCAACUCACCAAAACCACCACAACAGACAAUCAUGACGCCUCCAAGAGUUCCAAACCCGAUGGCAUUGUCAAGAAGACUGCUAGAAAGAUCAGUGCCACCGCCCAUGCGAAUUUCAGAGCGCUCAAAAUCAAGAACAAGAAUUCGAAGGCCAGUGGCAGAGGCAGGUUUGGCAGACGAUGAUGAUGAAAUGUGUGGUUUCUUGUUGGAGUUGUGCAUUUGCUAGGAGUUGUUGCAUUGGUUGACGAGAAUACCCGGACAUGGCUUAUGAAAGCGAUAUGGGAGGGACACAAGGCAUGGCAUAAACACAUUGUAGGCGUUCAGGGAGACAAUCGUUUUUCCAUGCUAAGCCAUGGCGUUUUGCAUUGUAGGUACAGAAGCAAAUUUUUCAUGUCUAAGCGAAAGCAAUAUUGAUUUAAUGGUGCAACGCCAUUUCAUCACUCAGCAACCCU